CACAUCUUUGUGCUCGCCAUUUUGGAGAAAGCUUGAGCUUCAGAAUCGCGAGUGACAAUAUUAGCUACCAAAAUACACACAAAGAAACCACUCCAACAAACACUGGACGAUACGCCGUUAACGAUGGGCCCUCCGGGAGACACCACACAGCACACGUCUAAUGAAAGGACGCAGGAUCGUCGCUGGAUUGUCGAUUUAUCUUGACAUGGCAUGCGGCAGGGCGAGACGAGGGUUGUGACGACGAAGGAAAAGAGAGCAAGCAAACGCAACAAACAACUCGACUGGAGACGUGAAGGGGCAAUCUCGCUGUUGUUUAGCGUCCCGUAGCGACUGUUUUGGCUAAAAUGCAGAGUAAAACUAGUUAAUUCGACAAACCGCAUAGUCAUUUUAAUCUGAUAGCACUUGGCAUUUAUAUUGCACAGGGCGAAAAAUGUGAGCGUGAGAAAUGGUGACUGGACGCUAGAUAAGCAAGCGCACACAUGCCUCAGAUGAGCCAAGAAGUUCGAAAGAUAAAAUGUAGCUGUACAGCCAGUCACUACUAGUUAGUGUUGGAAGUGAAUGCCAAGGUAAGGCUAAUAAUACGACCACAACAUGAGUCUCAGCCGUGGCAGCACUGCAGGCUGCGCAGGGCCGAGUGAGUGGCACUAAACUCCAGGAAAUGUCAACUUACGCUGGCCCUAGAUGUUCCCCGGUGCCACUAUAUCUUGGCAUCUGUAUUUACCUGCCAUGUUCGUCUAUAUCCCCAGUCUGUGUGUAUUAACACGCUCAUAGUGCCGACUCUACAGAAAUGAUGCAAAUCUCAGCCAUGGAUAAGGGACUUUGAAAUUACCCUAAUUAUGCACAUCCUAUUGUCUGCUUGCUAGAUUGUGUUAUAUCCAAAUACACGCACAAAAUAUUUCCACAAUGAAUUUUAGUAGAUCCAGUUGACUUCCUUGAAGCUUACAGAAGUCUUUUUCAGUUAGACUAGUAUAAAUCUGUUCAGUUUUGAAAAGUGUCUAUGGCAUUUUGAUAUGACAAAAUCGACGUAACAGUCAUGUCUUAAAUUUGAACUUCUGAAAAAUGAGUAGGGAGAUGUAGUCUUGCUUGAUAGCCAUUCCCCUUCCUCCUCUGUGUCCUUCUACAAAUAGAAAAAUGACUUAGUUUGUCUUUUAUUUGCAGACAUUUUCUGUUCAUAGUUAGUGGGUAUUUCACAGAUCUAGUAUAGAGUUGUUUGAUGCGUUGCUAAAGAGGGUAGUUAAUGGUCAUCCUUUAUCCAACCUGAAAUACAAUAGUAGAGUAUUGUCAAUUGUACAUUAAACGAGACAGCUGGGAAAAUCUAACCAUGGGGGACCCAACUUCACGAAGAAAUCAAACAAGAAAUCGACUUCGUGCCCAGCUUCGAAAGAAAAGGGAGUCUUUGGCUGAUCAGUUUGACUUCAAGAUUUAUAUAGCCUUCGUUUUCAAAGAAAAGAAAAAGAAGUCUGCUCUGUUUGAGGUAGCUGAAGUGGUGCCCGUGAUGACCAACAACUAUGAAGAAAACAUCCUCCGAGGUGUGCGGGAUUCCAGCUACUCUCUUGAGAGUUCAAUUGAACUCCUGCAAAAAGACGUUGUGCAACUACAUGCGCCCCGCUACCAGUCAAUGCGAAGGGAUGUAAUAGGCUGCACUCAAGAGAUGGAUUUCAUCCUUUGGCCACGCAACGAUAUUGAGAAGAUUGUCUGUCUGCUAUUCUCCAGAUGGAAGGGAGCUGAUGAUGAACCCUUUAGGCCUGUUCAGGCCAAGUUUGAAUUUCAUCAUGGAGACUAUGAGAAGCAGUGCUUGCAUGCUUUGGGUCGUAAAGACAAGGCUGGAAUGGUCAUGAACAAUCCUACUCAGUCUGUAUUUCUCUUCAUGGAUAGACAGCACUUACAGACGCCUAAGACCAAGGCUACAGUUUUCAAGUUAUGCAGCCUCUGCCUGUACCUGCCCCAGGACCAGCUGACCUGCUGGGGUGUUGGAGACAUCGAGGACCAUCUCCGCCCAUAUAUGCCUGACUAGGGUGUCCUGCUCCAUGCAGCCACAUAGGAAAAGCCCUACCCUCCUUCCCUCUCAUCUAAGCCUACAGAUGCAAAUUUAUGUCCUCAUCUCGUUUCUUUUUACACAUUUUUGAAUUUUUGCUUGGACCUCUCCUUUUUGUUACCCACUCACUCUCCUCCCUCCCUGACCUGAUAUUGGUUCAGUUCACAUCUUUUUUUACCCUCCCAGUAUCCCCCUCUCUGCCAUUUUGGAUUGAUUCCUUCAUUUUUUCCCCCCUUCCCCUUCAUUUCCUCCUCAUCCGUUUGUUUUAUUUGAACCUGCACGAACAUUGAUUUUUGAGUGGUUGGUUGUUCACUUGGAGCCACUCUGUCAACAGCACCAGUCUAUGGAGGAACUCUUGCAUCAGAACAUAAACAUACAGUACACAGGUUUUCAUGGGGUUUCUCAGAUGGACAUGUGAUAUCCUUGUCAAACGAAAGGAUUGUUGCGGCUUGUAUGUAAUGUCAAGGGGGGUGCUAAACAACUUGACACAUUCUUUUAACCAAGGACAGGUGUGAAAUGGUGUUCUUACACCUGUGUAAGAGAUAACAAGAUGAACAAUAUUUGUCAAAUCAUAUGGUGUAGGUGCUGCUUCUUUUACACCGCCUUAGAUUUUGUUUUUGCAGGUCUUAAGCUCUUUUUUUUGCAACAUUUGCAUUUUCUUUGAAUAAUUCUACAGGCCUUCGUUAAAUUUAUGAAUGAGUUUGGUGGCAUUGGACAGAGGUGAAACAUGCUGAUUAGAUAUUGGAGGUCUUUCAUGUUCAAACAGUUCAUGCACUAUUACUUUAAGUGACUGAAAUCAGUUUUGUUUUGAUUUUUUUAUCUGGGAUGAGGGUUGUUGAGACUCCAAUAUGGUGGAUGACAGUUUUGAAAUGAAUACAUAAAACUAAUUUAAUUUGACCUACUAAUUUGCUAUCAUAUUGAAAUUAUAGGGUUUUGUGGGCUUGCUUGUUUAAGGCUGACAAUGAACAAAUAACUUGCUCCUUGUUGAUUCUUCUUCUGUUGAAAUGGUAAAAAGAUUCUGGAUUUUUCUGUUGAUUCUCAAUACAGCUGAGCAUAUCCCAAUACAGCAUUUUGAAAGAA